AUGGAAUUUGAUGGUGGCGACGGCGACGGGGAACUUGCAGCUGCUCCAGGGAAUGGCCGCAAAGCCCGAGGGAAGGCCAAGGCAAAGUCCGGCGGCGGCGGUAGCAGGCCAGGCAAGGGGCCCUGCGUAGCGUGUGAAGAGCCCCGGCAUGCCAACACCAAGUUUUGCAAGAACCACAAGCGGGCUUACGAUGCCAUGGCGUACCAGGCUAAGAAGGCAGAUCAGAAUGGUGAAGAUGGUGCUUUAGCAGCUUUCAACCAGUCAAUGCAAGAUGACUUCAGUGCUAAGCAAGCCUUAGAGAUAUGGACAGAGAAGAACCCGCCUGACAGCCGUUAUACCCGGAAGGCUUUCAUUGAUUGGGCUGACUUCAGGAAGACCUUUGGCCAGAGAACAGAGAUCAUCGACCGGUCAAAGUGCAAGCCAAUGUGGGAAGGGGAGUUCAUCCAGUGGGCAACCACUGAGAAAGCCCUCCCCAAGUCUGAGGCUGAGCAAUGGUGGAAAAAAUUUUACAAUAACCCUCGCAUAGAGAGAGACAACGAAGGUCCGAAGGGCCGUCUGCAGCUGUGGGUCCCAAAGGGCCAGUCUCGCCUCACUGACAAGGCACGCUUCAGUGAGAGCACGACGACCCAGGGCAGCAAGCCCUUGAAGGAUCCCAAGGCUUCUGAUAUAGAGAUGUUGCAGGAUCACGUGAAGAGGCAGCAGCAGAGUGUGGUAGAUCCUUUUUUCUGUGGUGCGAGUGGAGCUUCAGGAUCAGCCGGAUCCGGAUCAGCCAAUUCUGCAAGUGCAACCCCACAGAGGCCAAAGUCACAACCGUGUGAUCUUGCGGUCACGUCAGAAAGCCCUGCGGCAACGCCAGGGAAAGGGCCUGUGCCCAAGCGUGCGAGGAUCGAUGUGGACCGUGCAGGUCCUAAGCUGUUGACAUCCAUGAAAAAAGACAUGGAGACUCUCAAGAAAAAUUUCAAAAGCGCCAAAGACAAGGCUGCAACGGCCAUGACCAAUCUGGACAAGGUAGAUCUGGAGUUGAUCCGAGAUGAUUUGGCACUCUUUGGGCUCCUGCGGUCCUUGGACCUUCGGGUGCACUUCCUUCACCGCUGGGAGGAAGGUGCCCCCGAGCAGACUGUAAAGGAGCAUUCUUUUGCAGUGAAGAUUCAAGGGCGCUGUGCGAAGGAGACCGGGGAAAACGGAGAGAACAAGUUGACUGAGCAAUCUGCAACACUGGUCAGGCAAUCCGUGGCUGAUUUUGGCAAGAUGCAGAAGCUCAACUUGGACGAGAUUUUGCAGGAAAACCAGGCACGGCUGCCAUUGAAAGAAUCAGAGAAAUUUGCCAACAUGAAACUUUUAGAUGACAAAAUGCAGAUGGCUCUCUCUUUGAAAAGCACCCAAGAAUUUGAAGCUCUGAAAGCUGAAUGGCAGGGAUUGAGUGGAAGUGCUCUUUCGAUGUUUACUUCAAUUGGCAAAAUCGCCAAUGAUGUCUCCGAGCACUUGAACACCAAGGGGCGAGAAGCCCAAAGGCAAGAAACUCGCAGGUUGACUCAGGAGAGGCAAGCUGCCUUGAAGGCAAUUCGUGACCAGGCGAAAGCAGCUGCUGAUGAAAUUAAGGCCAAGCCAAAACAGGUCACCCAGGCACCUGUUUUUGGGAUUGAUGUUUUGGCGCAAGGCAUCGACUCAGUUAAGAUCUUGGAAGUCGUUGAAGAUAAAGUUGGAGGGCCUUGGACAGAGCCAUGGGUAGUGAUGAACUGGUCCCCUGGCCUCAAAUGCCUUGCUGAUCUGAGCAUCAAAAAGUCUUUGGACACAUUUGCUUCUCAGUACAAGAAGUUGGGAGAUCCAUCUGGGAGGCACCAGUACAGCUUGCAAACCGGUGCUGUGAAAGACAUGGUGGAUGACACUCUGCAGCUGGCCAUGCCAUCUUCUUGGUUUGACCUUGCCGAGCAUGGCAUUGCCGGCGGUGAUAAGUUCAUGGCGGCCAGCUGGUUCUACGGCUAUUCGCCAGGCAUGAGCUUUUGUGGGCUGCAGCCCAAUGCAGCAGCGCAGCUUCGUUUGCAUUACUCCAAAGGCUCUGUGCAAGUCCUUUUGAUCAGCCUUACCAGCCUUUGUGAGAAGAUGUUGGACGAGGCAGCACGUGAUUCUUUCACGGCAGCCCACAAGUUCGUCACCAACAUGACUGAGGAGACGAUUGCUGCCUGUAGGGAGAAAGGUGUGAAGAUGUGGGCUCACAGCCUUGGACCGGAGGAACUUUUGUUCCUUCCCACAGGGAUUCUGAGCGUAGAGUCUUGUGCGGCGGCUUGCGGAGAGGUUUGCGGAAUUAGGAAAGCCUUCUUCCCCCUUGAGGCUGAAUCAGUGAAGGAGUACAAUACAGUCUUGACCCAGUUCCAGAAGGAUGGGCGAUCAAUUGGUCAGAUGCAAGCCAUCCUGGACGGAUUGAAGAAAGCCACCGGCCAUGGGCAGGAAAUCAACCCUUCAUCUGCAGCAUUUCCACUUUUCAAGAACCGGCCGCCGGCCGACCGGGCCGACUGGGACUUCCGCUUUCUUUGGACCCUGGGCGUUUCAGGCGAAGCCUGUGACCUGCUACCAUUGGCGCGGGGAGAGUUUGAGCUCAUCUGCUACCUUUGGCGUGGGGGAAUUCAGUAUGGGAUGCUGAAUUUCACCUACUACCUUUGGCGCAGUGAGUUCCGAACUUCUCACCUGACGUGGCAGCAGCCCUGGGGCAUGCCGCCCCCAAGCAAUCCGAAGCUUGGGGUAGAUGAAAUGUCUUCCUACUACACGUCAGAGGAAGAGGAGGGCCAGGGAGGAGAUGGAGAAAGACCGGAUGCAGCUCCAAAUCCAGCCCCGGCUGCCCCGGCUCCGAUGGUUCCGGCAGCUCCGACGGCUCCUAAAGCAGUGCCACGGCUAGAGCUAGAGAAGCCUGCCGAGACUUUGGAGACCAGAAAGGCAACUAGCCCCACACGCACUCCAAGCAGGAACCGCCCUUGCAGCCGCCGCUCCAGGUCGAGGGAUCAGAAGAGGGGCAGGAGGAGCGCGCAUCACCCAGGCCAGCCGGUGCAGCUGAAGCCGAAGCCUGCACGUGGAAAAGAUGAUGCUGGCCACGGUUCCUACGUGCAAUGUGAGUUGUGUGCAAAGUGGCUGCCCAGCUUAACGGCUUUGGCACAGCACCAACGUGACAGCAGCUACUGCAUGGAAAAGCAAAAUAAAGGUUCGGCCAAAAGUCCUUGCCCGGGUUGUGGAAAGCCCAUCACCAACCAGGCCAAGACUGGGCUGCCUGUCGCGACCAAGCUGGAGCUGGAGGAGGCGCUGCCACCACCGCCUGCUCAAGGCGCUGGGCCGGAGAAGGAGGUGGUGCAGCAGGACUCGUUGGCUUCCAGCUUUGGCAAUGCUGGUGGAAGCACUCAGACUGAGGAUCGGAACGCCCAUCUGGCCAGCUUGUUCUUGAACUUGGGUCAUUUGAUGAUGAAGAAGUAG